AAACAAAACAAAAAAAAUUUGUUAGCAGUUCAGAGCUUUCUAUGGUGUUGCAUUAAACUAUUCUAUGACUAGAACCCUUUUGAGCAUGGCGCUCAAAAACUAUAGUUAAAAGUUAUUAAUAGUGGUUUACAUCUUUCCUUUUGAUGUGAAAUUUUGAGUGUCACAAAUAUCUUCUAUGUAUUGAAUAAGUAAUUUGCAUUCAGCAGAUACUUUCCACACUUCUUGCCACGGUGGGAGCAGCAAUGUCCAUAAAAAACUUCGACAACUCCUUCAACAAUCAUCAUCAAAGACUUGGAUUGGUGUUAUAUAGUGUAAUAUGGUUGCAAGCCUUGCUCGGUUUUCUACGGCCACAAAGGGGCUCUAAAGGAAGAAGUGUAUGGUUUUUUGCACACUGGUUGCUUGGAAUUUCUGUGGCUCUUCUAGGUGUUAUCAAUGUAUAUACCGGACUGCAAGCAUACCAUGAAAAGACAUCAAGAAGGAUAAAGCCUUGGACCAUCCUAUUCACUAUAGAGAUCUCUUUCAUUGUUUUCUUCUACUUGUUGCAAGAUAAAUGGGUCUAUGUGAAAAGGCAAGGGGUCAUUUUGGGCACCGAUCCAGUAGCACCAAAAGAUUUGGAUACUUUAAGAGAGAAAGGAAAGGAAUUGGUGACUGAGCAUUGUUGAAAAACAAAUGAAUCAGUGAGAGAUUUUACUAGCAUUUAGUUCUUUCUUUUGGAUUGGAUUACUAGCAUUUAGAUGAAAGAAAAGAGUCUUCUUGCAUAGAGGAACUAUUCGAACAAGACAAUGAUUACUACAUAUUUUGAUUCAAUACAUUUAUUAAAAAAUUAUUAUUUUU